GCCUCCCGGGUCCUUGGUUUUUAUGUCCGAAAAGUCGGCUUAUGUAAACAAUGCCUUAUUUCUAAGAUGGCUCAAAGAGCAGUUCGUGCCAAGGAAGCCACCAGGUGAUGUUGUUCUCAUCCUCGAUGGUCACUCAUCGCACUGUAGCAGUGUGGAGACUUUGGCAUAUGCAUCAGAAAAUCAGAUUGUUUUUAUAUGUCUACCCAGCCAUACGACCCAAUUCCUUCAACCCCUAGAUAGGGGCGUUUUCAAAUCACUAAAAUCAUUUUAUUAUGAAGCGUGCAAUGCAUUUAUGCGAAGAAAUCCGAAUCGACGCAUUAACAGGCUAGUGUUUGGGCAACUUUUGGCCUCAGCAUAGGAAAAAUCAGCGACUGUGAAAAAUGCCGUCUCCUCUUUCAAGGCAACAGGAAUUGUGCCUUUAGAUCUCUCUGCAAUUCCAGAUUAUGCCUAUCUUGCCGAUAACACACCAGAAAGCAACAACAUUGAUCUAAGCAGAACAGCAAAUGACACUCCAGAAAAUAUAAUUCGUGAAGAAAACGACGCAGUCUUAGAGAAUUUGGAUGAAACACAGGCACUAGAAAUGGCAGAGGAAGAAACCCCAAGCAAAAUGUUGGAUAAAAUUAAUCCCGGGCCUGGAACGGAAGCUGUUGCAUCUACUAGGAAAAGAGGCAAGCAACUGGCUUCUGUUUUGACCAGCGAGGAACAGAUUGCGAAUAAGAAAAGGAAAUUGGAAGAGAAAAUGCAGAAAGAGGCGAAAAAGAAUGAGAGAAUUAAAACCAAAAGCAAUAAACGUCAGAAAAUUACUAAGCAAGUAAAGCCUAGAAAAAGGCAAUCCAGUUCGUCAGAAACGGAAGAAGAAAUUAUCUACGAAGAUCCGUCGGAUUACGAAGAGGAUGAUGCCCAAUGUGUCAGUUGCGCGGAAGCAUAUUCUGUAACGUCAGAGUCAGAAGACUGGAUUCAGUGCUUGCAGUGUAAUAUGUGGCUACACGAGGGGUGUACGAAAUAUGAAAAUGUUUGUGAUAUUUGUGGCAAAAAGGUGUACCGCAAAAAGAAGUAA